UAUGCAGAGUUCCUUCAUUGUAAAGGUCGUAAGUUUGUGGACUUUGAUGAGGUGCGUUUGGAGAUUGAGGCUGAGACUGAUCGCAUCACUGGGUCCAAUAAGGGAAUCUCUGCUGUUCCCAUAAACCUCAGAGUCUACUCCCCUAAUGGUACGUACACACACACAACACACACACACAACACACACACACACACACACACACACACACACACACACACACACACACACACACAACACACACGCAGAGAGAGACUCAGAAACAUAUGUUCAUACAAACACACAAUCCUGAAUGCAGUUAUACACACAUACAUACUCUACCUCUCCCUCUGUAGAUAGAUGUACAAUGAGCAAAUACAUUUUCCAUUUGAAUUAAUCAUUCAAUCUCUCCCUCUCUCUCUCUGUCCCUCCCUCUCACCCUCCCUUUUCGAACCCCCCUCUCUCUCUCUCUCUCUCCCUCUCUCUCUCCUCUCUCUCUCCUCCUCUGUCUCUCUCACUCUUCACCCUCUCUCUCUCCUAUCUCUCCUCCUCUUCUCGACUCUAUUCCCCACCUCACUCCCUCCCCUCCCCUCCCUCUUAAACCCACUGCCCUACCCCUUUCAGAUCUACAGCAUCUCCACAGCUUUACGCCGGUACACUCAAUCCCGCACCAUCCCACUGCACCCCCCCCCCCAUUCGACCCUAUUCUCACGACAUCACUCGUACCCCUGCACGUUCCCACAGAGACUGCAUUCCAGAACUAUGGUCCCCAAACAGCACCUAUUCCCAACUGGCACCCUAUUCCCACUGACACCCUAUUCCACUCCUCCAACUGGCACCCCUAUUCGCCCUCACUGGCACCCUAUUCCCCCAAACAGCACCCUAUUUCCAACUGGCACUCUAUUCCCAAACAGCACUCUAUUCCCAAACAGCACUCUAUUCCCUACUGGCACCCUAUUCCCAAACAGCACCCUAUUCCCAACUGGCACCCUAUUCCCAACUGACACCCUAUUCCCAACUGGCACCCUAUUCCCAACUGGCACCCUAUUCCCAAACAGCACCCUAUUCCCAACUGACACCCUAUUCCCAACUGGCACCCUAUUCCCAACUGGCACCCUAUUCCCAACUGGCACCCUAUUCCCAACUGGCACCCUAUUCCCUACUGGCACCCUAUUCCCAAACAGCACCCUAUUCCCAACUGGCACCCUAUUCCCUACUGGCACCCUAUUCCCAAACAGCACCCUAUUCCCAAACAGCACCCUAUUCCCAACUGACACCCUAUUCCCAACUGGCACCCUAUUCCCACUGGACCCUUUCCCAAACAGCACCCUAUUCCCAACUGCACCCUAUUCCCACUGGCACCCUAUCCAACGCACCUUUCCCAACUGGCACCCUAUUCCCUACUGGCAACCCUAUUCCCAACAGCAACCCUAUUCCCAACGCACCCUAUUCCCAACUGCACACCUAUUCCCAACUGGCACCCUAUUCCCAGCUGGCACCCUAUUCCCAAACAGCACCCUAUUCCCAACUGACACCCUAUUCCCAACUGGCACCCUAUUCCCAACUGGCACCCUAUUCCCUACUGGCACCCUAUUCCCAACUGGCACCCUAUUCCCUACUGGCACCCUAUUCCCAAACAGCACCCUAUUCCCAAACAGCACCCUAUUCCCAAACAGCACCCUAUUCCCAACUGACACCCUAUUCCCAACUGGCACCCUAUUCCCAGCUGGCACCCUAUUUCCAACUGGCACCCUAUUCCCUACUGGCACCCUAUUCCCUACUGGCACCCUAUUCCCAAACAGCACCCUAUUCCCUACUGGCACCCUAUUCCCAAACAGCACUCUAUUCCCAACUGACACCCUAUUCCCUACUGGCACCCUAUUCCCUACUGGCACCCUAUUCCCAAACAGCACCCUAUUCCCAACUGGCACCCUAUUCCCAACUGGCACCCUAUUCCCAGCUGGCACCCUAUUCCCAGCUGGCACCCUAUUCCCAACUGGCACCCUAUUCCCUAGAUAGUGUAAUUAUUUUGACCAGAUGACACCUUAUUCUAUAUUUAGUGUAUAAUCAAUGGGGAUUGAGGGAUUGAAACUCACUCCUCAGGCUGAAAUGUCUCCACUUUGGGUUAGAACGUUUCAGGAGGGCGGGUCACGUGUGUUUUUAGGCAGAUAUACAGUAUAUCUUACUGUAAUUAGGUAAAUAUUAAAGUAAUAUAGUACAUCUUCUGUGUUCUGUGCAGUUCAUAUCAAAAGAGUAAUAAAGUAAAUGUUAAAGUAAUGAAGUAUAUGUUAAAGGGGCAAUCUGCAGUUGCUACAUCCAUUUUUGGAUUUAUAAAUUAAUGAUAUGUACCCAUGGAUUCUUGAAGAAUAUAACGUGUUAGUGCUUCAUGAGUUUAGUUCAACUGUUGUACCGCAUCAGAACCCAAAACAAAAGCUUGUUCUACUUUUUUUGGAAACAAUGUAAAUGUGAACAAACACUAUAUAGCCUCAUAACAUGGUUAAAACUAUAAUUGUGAUAUCAUGGAUGGUCAGUCCUUGCAUCCAUAGCUUUGCCUAUGAAUUUGAGAGUGGUUACAUUUCCCCAGGCCCAUCCCGCAGCUUUUUAACGAAGCAGGGGCCGGGAGGGAAAUGUAUUGUUGUUUCAACUGCUGAUUGCCCCUUUAAAGUAAUAUAGUCUUAUCUUAUUUUUUAUGUGCUAAAAAUUAUAUUUUCUAUGUGCAGUUCAUAACUAAAGAGUCCUGUCAAAUCCUGUUAUAUGCAGUUCAUCACUAAGUAAUCCUGUCUGAUCCUGUUAUAUGCAGUUCAUAACUAAAGAGUCCUGUCUGAUCCUAUUAUAUGCAGUUCAUAACUAAAUAACCCUGUCUGAUCCUGUUAUAUGCAGUUCAUAACUAAAGAAUCCUUUCUGAUCCUGUUAUAUGCAGUUCAUCACUAAAGCAUCCUGUCUGAUCCUGUUAUAUGCAGUUCAUAACUAAAGAACCCUGUCUGAUCCUGUUAUACGCAGUUCAUAACUAAAGAGUCCUGUCUGAUCCUGGCUGUGACUCCAGCUAACCAGGAUCUGGCCAACUCUGAUGCUCUCAAGAUAUCUAAGGAGGUCGACCCUCAAGGUAGGGAGGGGGGGCAGAGAGGGGUUAUGUCUGUCUGUGUGUGUGUGUGUGUGUGUGUGUGUGUCAGGCAAAUUCGUCAUGUUUUAUGUCUUCUAACAGGCCCACAAUGUGGUUACUAAACUCCGAUUUGGAUAUAUUUGGCUGUUUUCGCUGCAUAAAAGUGGCAUUUCCAUGGUUUUGGUCGAACUCUUACCUGAUCUAUUCAUAUAAUGGGAUGUUUGAGAGAGAGUAGAUGUUUGAGAGCUAGUAGAUUGUUGCCACAGAGACGACCUGUGUGUUGACCUAUGUGUUUCCAGGGUUACGUACCAUCGGAGUGAUCACCAAGCUGGACCUGAUGGAUGAGGGGACUGACGCACGGGACAUUCUAGAGAAUAAACUACUGCCGCUACGCAGGGGUGAGACACACCACACACACACACACACACACACACACACACACACACACACACACACCACACACACACACACACACACACACACACACACACACACCUGUUAUAACCUGCUCCCUGCAGGUCAUAACAGGAUAAUAACCAUCUCUCCUCUACUCCUCUCCUCUCUCCUCCUCUCCUCUACUCCUCUCCUCUCUCCUCCCUCCUCUCCUCCUCUCCUCUCCCGUCCUCCUCUCCUCUACCCUCUCCUCCUCCUCCUACUCCUCUCUCCUCUCCUCGCUCCUCCUCCCUCGACUCCUCUCCUCUACUUCCUCUCUCUCGCCUCUCUCCUCCUCUCCUCUCCCUCCUCCUCUUCCUCUACUCCUCUCCUCUCUACUCUCUCCCUCUCCUCUCCGCUCUCCAUCCUCCUCUCCCUCCGCCUCUCCUCUCUCCUCCUCUCCUCUACUCCUCUCCUCUCUCCUCUCCCUCUCCUCUACUCCUCUCCUCUCUCCUCCUCUCCUCUACUCCUCUCCUCUCCUCCUCUCCUCUCUCCUCCUCUCCUCUACUCCUCUCCAGGUUACAUUGGGGUGGUGAAUCGUAGUCAGAAGGAUAUUGACGGCAGGAAGGAUAUUAAAGCAGCUUUGGGUGCAGAGAGGAAGUUCUUCCUGUCUCAUCCAGGAUACAGACACAUAGCUGACCGCAUGGGAACACCACAUCUACAGAAAACACUCAACCAGGUUAGAUAUGUAGACGCUAUAUCUACUGUCUCUCUUCUCUGUCUCUCUCUCAAUUCAAUUUCAAUUUAAGGGCUUUAUUGGCAUGGAAAACACAUGUUAACAUUGCCAAAGCAAGUGAAGUAGAUAACAAAUAAAAGUGAAAUAAACAAUAAAUAUUAACAGUAAACAUUACACUCACAAAAGUUCCAAAAGAAUAAAGACAUUUCAAAUGUCAUAUUAUAGCUAUGUACAGUGUUGUAAUGACGUGCAAAUAGUUAAAUAAAUUAAAAAAACAUAAAUAUGGGUUGUAUUUACAAUGGUGUUUGUCCUUCACUGGUUGCCUUUUUCUUGUGGCAACAGGUCACAAAUCUUGCUGCCGUGAUGGCACACUGGUAUUUCACCCAAUAGAUAUGGGAGUUUAUCCAAAUUGGAUUUGUUUUCUAAUUAUUUGUGGGUCUGUGUAAUCUGAGGGAAAUAUGUGUCUCUAAUAUGGUCAUACAUUUGGCAGGAAGUUAGGAAGUGCAGCUCAGUUUCCACCUCAUUUUGUGGGCAGUGUGCACAUAGCCUGUCUUCUCUUGAGAGCCAGGUCUGCCUUCGGUGGCCUUUCUCAAUAGCAAGGCUAUGCUCACUGAGUCUGUACAUAGUCAAAGAUUUCCUUAAUUUUGGGUCAGUCACAGUGGUCAGGUAUUCUGCCACUGUGUACUCUCUGUUUAGGGACAAAUAGCAUUCCAGUUUGCUCUGUUUUUUUGUAAAUUCUUUCCAAUGUGUCCAAUGGUUGGGUCUAAUUGUGUCGCUGUCCUGGGGCUCUGUGGGGUCUGUUUGUGUUUGUGAACAGAGCCCCAGGACCAGCUUGCUUAGGAGGCUCUUCUCCAGGUUCAUCUCUCUGUAGGUGAUGGCUUUGUUAUGGGAGGUUUGGGAAUCGCUUCCUUUUAGGUGGUUGUAGAAUUUAACGUCUCUUUUCUGGAUUAGGAUAAUUAGCGGGUAUCGGCCUACUUCUGCUCUGCAUGCAUUAUUUUGUGUUUAUGUUGUACACAGAGGAUAUUUUUGCAGAAUUCUGCAUGCAGUAUCAAUUUGUUGUUUGUCCCAUUUUGUGAAUUCUUGGUGAGCGGACCCCAGACCUCCCAACCAUAAAGGGCAAUGGGUUGUAAUUAUAACUGAUUCAAGUAUUGUUAGCCAGAUCCUAAUUGGUAUGUCGAAUCUUAUGUUCCUUUUGAUGGCACAGAAGGCCCUUCUUGCAUUGUCUCUCAGAUCGUUCACAGCUUUGUGGAAGUUACCUGAUGUUUAGGCCAAGGUAUGUAUAGUUCUUUGUGUGCUCUAGGGCAACGGUGUCUAGAUGGAAUUUGUAUUUGUGGUCCUGGCAACUGUAUCUUUUUUGGAACACCAUUAUUUAGUCUCUCUCUCUCUCUCUCUCUCUCUCUGUCUCUGUCUCUGUCUCUGUCUCUGUCUCUGUCUCUGUCUCUGUCUCUGUCUCUGUCUCUGUCUCUGUCUCUGUCUCUGUCUCUGUCUCUGUCUCUGUCUCUGUCUCUGUGCUGAGUGAUUAGUGCUUUUUGAGGUUGGUUCGUUUUCAGUUUGAGUAUAAAAACAAUAAUCAGGGGUUUCCUUAUGAAAUAAUGACCUAACAAUGAUUCUAGAGCUUUUUAAUGAACAUUCCAAAGGCAAAAAUAGUGAACAUUCAAAAUGCCAAAACAUUGAAAAUAUUCCAUUGUCUCUGUCAGGUGCACAUUGGGUAGACAUCAAUAGAAAAAUAGGAAAUUACUAUGAAAUAAUACAGUAUUUCAGUUGUGUAUAUUACUAUUAGACAGAGAGAGAGAGAGAGAGAGAGAGAGAGAGAGAGAGAGAGAGAGAGAGAGAGAAGAAGAGAGAGAGGAGAGAGAGAUAGAGAGGAGAAGAGAGAGAGAGAGAGGAGAGAGAGAGAGAGAGAGAGAGAGAGAGAGAGAGAGAGAAAUGCUGAUCGAUUCAAGGGACAUUUUCAACUUCAGCACCACCCCAACAUCAACAUAUGUGAAAAUGGGGUGUUUUUGUUGUAAAAAAGAUAGAGGAAGAUAAGUGUUUCCAAUGACAUCAUCGGUGUUCAUCAUCAGAUUUUAACCAAUUAUGAUUAGGCAUUGCCUACUAAUUGUUUACUAAUUGGUUGAUGAUGUCAUUGGAAACACUUAUCUUCCUCUAUCCUUUUUACAACAAAAACCCAGAAACACCCCAUUUUCACAUAUGUUGAUGUUGGGGUGGUGCUGAAGAUGAUGAAUAUGAAGUUGAAAAUGUCCCUUGAAUCGCUCAGCAUUACUCUCUCUCUCUCUCUCUCUCUCUCUCUCUCUCUCUCUCGCUCUCUCUCUCUCUCUCUCUCUCUCUCUCUCUCUCUUCUCUCUCUCUCAUCUUUCAUCCAUCCUUUUUUUUGUCACCAUAUACCCAUUUCAACUCUCUCCCCCAUCCCCCCUCCCCCUCUAGCAACUGACCAACCACAUCCGGGACACGUUGCCAGGGUUACGUAGUAAGCUCCAGAGCCAGCUUCUAUCUCUGGAGAAAGAGGUGGAGGAAUACAAGAACUUCAAACCAGACGACCCUACACGCAAGACCAAAGCCCUACUGCAGUCAGUAUACACACACACACAUUAAUAAACCGGAUCCUCACAGUCAGUACUUUUAUGAUAUGACUGUGUGUAUGUGUAUAUAUAUGUGUAUAUAUAUGAGUGCGUUUUUGUGUGUCUGUGUGCAUGCGUCUAUGUUUGUGUGUGUGUGUGUGUGUGUUUAGGAUGGUUCAGCAGUUUGGUGUAGACUUUGAGAAGCGUAUUGAGGGAUCAGGAGAUCAGGUGGACACAGUGGAGCUCUCUGGAGGAGCUAGAAUCAACAGGAUCUUCCACGAGAGAUUCCCCUUUGAACUGGUCAAGGUACACACACACACGUUUGUUUUACUAUCCUCGUGGGGACCCAAAAAUGUAUUCCCAAUCAAAAUCCUAUUUUCCCUAACCCUAAACCUAAACCUAAACCUAAACCUAACCCCUAACCCUAAACCUAACCCCUAACCCUGACCCUAAACCUAAACCUAACCCCUAACCCUAAACCUAAACCUAACCCCUAACCCUGACCCUAAACCUAAACCUAACCCCUAACCCUGACCCUAAACCUAAACCUAACCCCUAACCCUGACCCUAAACCUAAACCCUAACCCCUAACCCUGAAAUAGGCGUUUUCCUUGUGAGGAGGCGAAAUGUCCCCACUUGUUCAAGCGUUCCUUGUUUUACUGUCCUGUGAGGACGUCUGGUACCUAGUAAAACCCAAAACACAGACACACACUGAUUUUUUCGUCUGUGUGUUGUGUUCAGAUGGAGUUUGAUGAGAAGGAGUUGAGGAGAGAGAUCAGUUAUGCCAUCAAGAACAUCCACGGAGUGAGGCAAGUAUCUACCUGUCUGUCUCUCUCUAUCUACCUGUCUGUCUCUCUAUCUACCUGUCUGUCUCUCUCUAUCUACCUGUCUGUCUCUCUCUAUCUACCUGUCUGUCUCUCUCUAUCUACCUGUCUGCUCUGCUCAUCUACUCUCUCUACUCGCUGUUCUCUCUACUGGUCUGUCUACAGUUUGUCCUGUCUAUAUUCUACAUGCCUGUUCUCUCUAUCUACCUUCUGCUCGUCCCGUUCUCUCAUCUACCUCGUCUCAUCUCUGUCUGCUCUCUUCGACUCGUCCUCUACUGCGCUCUCAUCUACUGUCUGUCUUCUUCCUCUCUCAUCUCUCGCCUUCUCUCUCUCUCUUCUCUCUCUCUCUCUUUCUCUCUCUCUCUCUCUCUCGCGCUCUCUCUCACUCUCUCUCUCUCUCUCUCUCUCUCUCUCUCUCUCACACUCUCCCUUUCUCUACCUACAAGCCUUUCUCUCUGUCCAUCUACCUACAUGUCUGUCUGUCUCUACCUACAUGUCUGUCUGUCUGUCUCUACCUACAAGUCUGUCUGUCUGUCUCUACCUACAUGUCUGUCUCAGGGUUUCCGUUAGGAAAGUGUGGAGCCGGACAUUUGACCGGCAGCAUUAUUAUUUACCGGACAUUUGAUAAAUGUACAGGACCCAUAUGCAUUGGGUGCGUAACCUGAUUAGGGCGUCCACCCACUGUGCUCAGAAUGACAUAAAAUCACAUUUAGAUUAUGGUAAUUAAUCUUAACAGAACAUGCAAGUCAAGGAUGCAACGAUGUGCUGUCCUUCUUACCUAAUUCUGAUGCGCACUUCCAACAUGUUAGAAUAACUGUCCACAUUUACUUUUCCUCAGGCAACAAGAUGAGUAACGAACAGCAAAAUCACUAGCCCAUGUCAAUCUACUAUCCCCCGUAGUAGAAAAGUUUACCUAUUCUAUUGGCCAGCUUGUCGAGAAAUAAAUGUCCUAUUCCAAACUGACCCUGGGACAGUUAUGGGACGAUAGAUCCCAAAUUCAUACCACCAGUAUGUACAUGUCUGAUGCAACAGAUCAGAACCUUUAGUUUAAAAUGUUGAUAAAAUGUUAUUUAUUAUUGAUUUAUUAUAAGUGGAGCAGCAGGCUGAGUGUUCCUUCCAUAAUACAAUUAGCGGGAACACACCGUUGUCAAAAGGCGAACCGCGCAUGUGAGCGGUUUCAUGUGACAGAGAUUAAAAUAUCUGUUAGAAAUGUAGAAAGAGGGGAGAUCUAAUAUGCAUCAUCUAGCAUGGGGUUGCUGAUAUGACCAGGAUUGUUCCUUUGGCUACUGUGUGACGCGCUGAUGAAGCCUGCCUUCCGUUGCCUCUGCAUUUGCUAUUUGAGAUGCUGUAGCAUUUGUGAUAAAGAAGAUACAUAAUGCAUAUACUGUACAUGCGCCAAUUUUAAUGCCAAUAUAUUAUGAAAAUUAACCUAUAGACGGAUAAGCAUGGACCGGUCAAAUGUAUUUCCAUCCACUGGUGUUUCCAUCAAUGAUGUCACAAUGGGAUUGUUUCUUCUUCUCCUGGACAAUUGGCCUGCGGCAAUGUUAUUUAUCGGCUUUUCAAUUUUUUUUAUUGGCCAAAAGCCGGCUAUUAACGGCUAACGGAAACCUUUGUCUGUCUGUCUCUACCCACAUGUCUGUCUGUCUACCUGUCUGUCAAUCCGCCUCUACCUACAUGUCUGUGUGUCUGUCUGUGUGCCCCCUCCAGAACGGGUCUGUUCACCCCUGACCUAGCCUUUGAGGCCAUAGUGAAAAAGCAGAUCAUUAAGCUGAAAGAGCCCUGUCUGAAAUGUAUGGACCUGGUGAUCCAGGAGCUCAUCAACACCGUGCGCCAGUGCACCAAUAAGGUACCGCACUGCAUGGAGCCUGUAAUGCCCUGUCAUGCUACUUCAGGCCACAUGGGGGCGCUAUGAAGCUAGCCUUUAAUGCUACCAUGCUAACCAGGGUAGCGCACUGCAUGGUACAGCACUAUGUAGGGUAAAGUUGUCCCUAGACGCUGAUCUGGGGUCAGUUUAGCAUUUUCCCCACUAAUGGUUAACAAUUAGUUUAGGUUUGAAUUAGGGGAGGGGAAGCUGAUCCUAGAUCUGUACCUAGGGAAGACUUCCCCCCCAGAGAGCAUGGAGCCUGUAAUACCUGUCAUGCUACGCCUGGCCACAGGGAGGGCGAUGUGGAGCUAGCUUGUCUUGUAGUGUUUUCAGGGUGUUGUGCUGUUAGAUGUGUGAGAGACUGUUUAUGUGUCUCUGGUUCCCCCUCAAGACAAGCUGCUGGUUGACACGCAUGCGGACAUACGCAGACACACAGAAAUACCAUGUGACUUAGUGGAUUUCAAAGACUUACUUCCUUUUCCUGUAUUAUCCUGAAGGAUUGUGGGAUGCCUACCUGCUCCUUGUUUUGGUUUAGUAACAGAUGCCAGUAAGAACUAACUGACUAAACAAAAUGACUUUUCUCUCUCUCUUUCUUUGUUCUUCUCCCUCUAUCUCUCUCUUUUAUUUUAUUUCCCUCUUUCACUGCUCUACCACGUCUCUCCCUCUCUUAAUCUGUUUCUAUCCGGACUCCUACCUUCCCUGACUCAUCCCCACCAUGACCCCUCCAACUCCCUGACUCCUCCUUCUCCUGCCCUACCGUGAUAAACUACAUCUCCCAUGAUGCUCCAGAACGGGCCUGUUCACCCCUGACCUUGCCUUUGAGGCCAUAGUGAAAAAGCAGAUCAUUAAACUGAAAGAGCCCUGUCUGAAAUGCGUCGACCUCGUCGUGUCCGAGCUCACCACCCUCGUCAGGAAGUGUAGCGGAAAGGUAAAGAGAGAAGAAGAACCACAGUGGAGAGAAAGAUGGAGAGGAGGAGGGAAGAGAGGAGGAGGGAUAGCAGCUGCGUCCAGUUUAUCUCUCCUUACUCCCAAAGAGUACACUCGUUCACUUCCCUUCACUGAUUUGAAAGGAAAUUACUGUGGAAACUCCCUCUCUAGCGCCACGCCUCAUUUUACAUUUUUAGUCAUUUAGCACAACCCUGGCGUUGCAAGCGCCAUGCUCUACCAACUGAGCUACAGGGGACUGAGCUACAGGGGACUGAGCUACAGGGGACUGAGCUACAGGGGACUGAGCUACAGGGGACUGAGUUACAGGGGACUGAGUUACAGGGGACUGAGCUACAGGGGACUGAGCUACAGGGGACUGAGCUACAGGGGACUGAGCUACAGGGGACUGAGCUACAGGGGACUGAGCUACAGGGGACUGAGUUACAGGGGACCGAGUUACAGGGGACUGAGCUACAGGGGACUGAGCUACAGGGGACUGAGUUACAGGGGACUGAGUUACAGGGGACUGAGCUACAGGGGACUGAGCUACAGGGGACUGAGUUACAGGGGACUGAGCUACAGGGGACUGAGUUACAGGGGACUGAUACAGGGGACUGAGUUACAGGGGACUGAGCUACAGGGGACUGAGCUACAGGGGACUGAGCUACAGGGGACUGAGCUACAGGGGACUGAGCUACAGGGGACUGAGCUACAGGGGACUGCCUCCACCAAUCUAAUGCGUUUAGAUUUUGAGGGAAGUAGGGAACGAGUGUACACUUCAGGAGGACAGAGGUAUUAUUGGAACGUACCCAAUAGAUUGAUGGAUGGAGAGAAUGAAGAGAAUUGUGUUUCUACCACUUCUCCUACCAGUCUCCCUCCCUCCCUCCCUCCCUCCCUCCACCCCCUCCUCCUCUCCCUCCACCCCCUACUCCUCUCCCUCCACUCCCCCCAGUUGAUUGAACUUCUCCUCACCCCUCUGGGUAGAAUUAUUGCUGUCUGUAUAGUCACUAACCCCCCCCCCCCCCAUUAGCAUUGGCCGCAUUCCAGGCUGACUACAUCUGACUACGUAAGCCAGAUCUCACAACGCCUGGAUAGGUGUUUAGCAUAUUUAACAGCUAACCACAACAUAUGAUAAAGCAUUCUGAUACCUGACUGCACAGUCAGUGACGUGACAACCAUUGUUUGAUACAAUGCAACGACUGCAAUAGAGUAACACAGUAUGAGGCAUAAUACCCAUAAAACCUAGCGGUCAAACAAGGAAAUGGCUCCAAUCGUUUUUCCACCAUUCAUUUUUCCCAUAGGGGAUUUUACACUUCAAAUAAGGGCUGUGUUUCGUGUAGGUUUACCCUGGCGUGACGUUUUGAUAACCGUGUAAAUCUGUCUAGGACAAGGUGAUUUUUAUAAAAAUAGUCGCCUGUAUUUACCCCCCAAAAAGGAAAUACAAUUUAGCUGCUAAUGUGGCUAUUAUAAAGAACUACUAAUGCCAUGAUGAUCUCGAUGAGACUGCCGAAUCGAGGCAAAGGUAAGAAUCUCUGGAUUAACUAUCUAAUAUUAGCUCAAUUUAGUAAUGAAUAAAUUGGCUAAAUUCCUUUUAAAUUGACAAUUUUGUGAACUGUCUUGUGCAAGUUUUAAAUUGACACAAUACCUGUUAGCAAAGGCGUCAGCUAGAGAUGACGUGCAGGAGCUUGCAGGGAUUUGUAGUUUUGAAUUAUGUCUACUUUUAUGCUAAUUAGCAUUUUUGAAUCUGAAUAUAUUAAAGAUUAAAGUCACCUUGUCAUUAGAGAGAUUUACAUGGUUAUCAAAACAUCAUGCCAGGGUAAGCCUACACAUAUUAAGUGUUUCUAAAAUCCUCUAUGGGAAAAAUGAAUGGUGGAAAAACGAUUGGAACCAUUUCCCUGUUUGACCGCUAGGUUUUAUGGGUAUUGUGACACCUCCGCUGUGGGGCUCUAUGUAGUCGGCCUGGAACGUAACCUCUGCUCCUAAAUCCAACAGCCCCUCCCUCUGAAUCCACACCCAGCCCCUUCCUCACCCCCACAGCACAGUGAUUGUUGCUUUAACCUCCCUUCACCCCGCCCCUCCCUCAAUCAUCCAAUCAAAACACUCACCUCCCCUUACCUCAGCUUAAAACGUCAGCCCCGGAACCUUUGUCUUUAUCGUUCACCCUAUGUAGCUCAGGGGGAAGACAUUCUGUGUGACACACCCUUUCCUAUGCUUACCCAACCAUGUCCAGUCACUCAACCCAUACUUUGACCAAUCAGAACGUUCCUCCUGUCUCUUUAAAUCCUCUCUCUGACUCUCACCUCUGUUCCCUAACUCGCCUUGUACUAACAUGCUAAAUCACAGGUGUCAAACCCAUUCCAUGUCUGCAGGUCUUCACUCCUCCCUCACUUGUACUAGAUUGAUCGAUUCAGACCGGUUAGUUAGGAACUCCCCUGACCUGGUUGUCGAGGUCUUAACUGGACACAAGCUGAGGGACGAUAACACAACCAGCAGACAGAGUUGGACUCCCCGUCACUAAAUCAAUCACAUGGUAUUAGUGCUCAGCUUGGGAUACCUGUGGGAUAUCGAUUACAGUAUUGUGAGCAUGCUGGCUAAAACCAGAUCAAAAUCUCCUAAAUCAGAUAAAACUAGCCUCAAACCAGUUUGUGUUAGUUUAAACUGGUUUUCCUAGAUUCAAACUGGUUGAUGUUAGUUUAUAUCAGAUAUACUACCGUCCCAAUGUCCUAUCUGCAUGACCCCUCUAUGUUGAACUGUCUGUCCCCUAUACAUACAUGUCCAUCACUAGGGGUGUGCUUGUUUGGCUGGAUGGGUGUGUGUGUGUGCGUUAGUGUGUGUGUGUGUGUCUGAGUGAAAGAGAGGCGUGUGCAUGUGCAUGCAUGUGUGUGUGAUUGUUUGUUUGUGUGGAAGUGUGUGUGCAUGAACGUACUUGUGUGUGUGUAUGUGUUUGCAUUCAUGCGUUCAUGUGUGUGUUUGCGUUCGUGUGUGUGUGUGUGUGUGGUGUGUGUGUGUGUGUGUGUGUGUGUGGUGUGUGUGGUGUGUGUGUGUUGUGUGUGUGUGUGUGUUGUGUGUGUGUGUGUGUGUGUGUGUGUGGUGUUGUGUUGUGGUGCGUGCGUGCGUGCGUGCUUGUGUGUGUACGUCAGUACCUGCAGUAUUGUGUGUUGGUCCACAGCUUGGCUCCUACCCCAGACUGAGAGAAGAGACGGAGAGAAUCGUCACAACCUACGUCAGAGAGAGGGACAUCAAAACCAAAGACCAGGUGAGAGGGAGAGAUGGAGAGAGAGAGAGAUGGAGAGAGAUAGGGGCAGGAUGGAGAGAGUGGGAGAGAAAGAGAGGCUGACCUGUUCUGUCUGACCUGUCUGUACCUGUUCUGUCUGUCUUUCUGUCUGUCUGUCUGUUCUGUCUGUCUGUCUCUCUGUCUCAGGUGCUGCUGUUGAUUGACAUCGAGCUGUCUUACAUCAACACAAACCAUGAGGAUUUCAUUGGCUUCGCAAAGUGAGUUGACCUACUUGUAACUCCUAGCAACAUUCACCUGACUAUGUACCUCCUAGCAAUGACCUUUCAACUUUUACCUGACUAUGUAACCCCUAGCAAUGACAUUUCAACCUUAACCUGGCUAUGUAACCCCUAUCAACGACCUUUCAACUUUCACCUAUGUAACCCCUAGCAACGACCUUUCAACUUUGUCAGUAGUCCACUUCAUGUCAGUUGUCCACGGCUGCGUCCCAAUUAUCUCUCCUUUCUCCCAAAGUGUGCACUUCACUCCUUCUAGCCCAUGCCUACUCCACCAAUCCAAUGCUUUUAAACUUGUGGUGAGUAGUGAACGAGAGCACACUUCAGGAAGAAGGAGAGAUUAUUGGGAAGCACCCCAUAUGUGAUUGUUUUUCUAUCUGGUUUCUGUCUCCCCUGCAGCGCGCAACAGAGGACCGCUGUUACUGCUGCUGUUAACAACAAGAAGAGAGUGAUGCCAAACCAGGUACCACAAAAAAUGACCCUCCUCUCUCUCUGUCUCUCUCGCUAUCUCACUCUCUCUCUCUCUGUCUCUCUCUCUAUCUCACUCCCUCUCUCUCUGUCUCUCUCUCUCUCUCACUCUCUCUCUCUCUGUCACUCUCACUCUCUCACCCCCCUAUCCUGAACUAAUGGUCUGUCCCGCUGUGUGUAGGUGAUCCGGAGGGGCUGGCUCACUAUCAACAUAAGCAUUAUGAAGGGGGGUUCCAAAGACUACUGGUUCGUCCUGACUGCAGAGUCACUGUCCUGGUACAAGGAUGAGGAGGUAAGGGGGGAGGGAGUGUGUGUGUGUGUGGGGGGGGUUGUAUGGAAGACCGAUGCACUCGUUUCUUAAACAUUUGAACCAGGUACCGAUGCAUAUUGGUGAAUCGUUACAUCCCUACAAGCUAGCUAGCCAAGUUCCCAAAGCUAGCUUAAUACUGUGGCUAGUGGCUUGACCGGACCGGGUCCGACCCUCAACCAGAUACCACUACUGUCUUGGACAUUCAGGAUAUUCAGAUGAUGCCACCUAGAUAGUUAGCUAACUAACUAGAUAACUACUGAAACAGAUGAUGCCACCUAGAUAGUUAGCUAACUAACUAGAUAACUACUGAAACAGAUGAUGUCACCUAGAUAGUUAGCUAACUAACUAGAUAACUACUGAACAGAUGAUGCCACCUAGAUAGUUAGCUAACUAACUAAUACUACUGAACAGAUGAUGUCACCUAAUAGUUAGCUAACUAACUAGAUAACUACUGAAACAGAUGAUGUCACCUAGAUAGUUAGCUAACUAACUAGAUAACUACUGAAACAGAUGAUGCCACCUAGAUAGUUAGCUAACUAACUAGAUAACUACUGAAACAGAUGAUGUCACCUAGAUAGUUAGCUAACUAACUAGAUAACUACUGAAACAGAUGAUGUCACCUAGAUAGUUAGCUAACUAACUAGAUAACUACUGAAACAGAUGAUGUCACCUAGAUAGUUAGCUAACUAACUAGAUAACUACUGAAACAGAUUAUGUCCUUUUGCAAUGUGUCUAACUGUGUGUGUGUGUGUGUGUGUCUGUAUGUAUAACUAGGUGUGUGUGUGUAUGUCUAACUGUGUGUGUGUGUUGUAACUGUGUGUGUGUAACUGUGUGUGUGUGUGUAACUGUGUGUGUGUGUGUGUAUGUCUAACUGUGUCUGUGUUUGUGUGUCUAACUGUGUGUAUGUCUAACUGUGUGUGUGUCUAACUGUGUGUGUGUCUAACUGUGUGUAUGUCUAACUGUGUGUGUGUCUGUGUGUAUGUCUAACUGUGUGUAUGUCUAACUGUGUGUGUGUCUAACUGUGUGUAUGUCUAACUGUGUGUGUGUCUAACUGUGUGUAUGUCUAACUGUGUGUAUGUCUAACUGUGUGUAUGUCUAACUGUGUGUGUGUCUAACUGUGUGUGUGUCUAACUGUGUGUGUCUAACUGUGUGUAUGUCUAACUGUGUGUGUGUCUAACUGUGUGUGUGUGUGUGUGUGUGUCUAACUGUGUGUAUGUCUAACUGUGUGUGUGUCUAACUGUGUGUGUGUCUAACUGUGUGUAUGUCUAACUGUGUGUGUGUCUAACUGUGUGUGUGUCUAACUGUGUGUAUGUCUAACUGUGUGUAUGUCUAACUGUGUGUGUGUCUAACUGUGUGUAUGUCUAACUGUGUGUAUGUCUAACUGUGUGUGUGUCUAACUGUGUGUAUGUCUAACUGUGUGUGUGUGUCUAACUGUGUGUGUGUCUAACUGUGUGUGUGUCUAACUGUGUGUGUGUGUGUGUGGUGUGUGUGUGUGUGUGUAGUCUAACUGUGUGUAUGUCUAACGUGUGUGUAUGUCUAACUGUGUGUGUGUUCUAACUGUGUGUAUGGCUAACUGUGUGUGUGUCUAACUGUGUGUGUAUGUCUAACUGUGUGUGUAUGUCUAACUGUGUGUGUGUGUCUAACUGUGUGUGUGUGUGUCUACUGUGUGUGUAUCUAACUGUGUGUGUUGUGUGUGUGUCUACUGUGUGUAUUCUCUGUGUGUAUGUCUACUUGUGGUGUGUGUCUACUGUGUGUAUGUCUGUGUGUGUAUGUCGAACUGGUGUGUUUGUCUAACUGUGUUUGUGUCGACUGGUGUGGGUUCUAAACUGUGUGUGUGUGGUUAUGUCUAACUGGUGGUGUGUGUCUAACUGUGUGUGUGUGUGUGUCUAACUGUGUGUAUGUCUAACUGUGUGUAUGUCUAACUGUGUGUGUGUGUCUAACUGUGUGUAUGUCUAACUGUGUGUAUGUCUAACUGUGUGUGUGUCUAACUGUGUGUGGUGUGUGUGGUGUUGUGUGUGUGUGUGUGUGUGUGUCUAACUGUGUGUAUGUCUAACUGUGUGUGUGUGUCUAACUGUGUGUGUGUCUAACUGUGUGUAUGUCUAACUGUGUGUGUGUCUAACUGUGUGUAUGUCUAACUGUGUUUGUGUCUAACUGUGUGUAUGUCUAACUGUGUGUGUGUCUAACUGUGUGUAUGUCUAACUGUGUGUAUGUCUAACUGUGUGUGUGUCUAACUGUGUGUAUGUCUAACUGUGUGUGUGUCUAACUGUGUGUGUGUCUAACUGUGUGUGUGUCUAACUGUGUGUGUGUGUGUGUGUGUGUGUGUGUCUAACUGUGUGUAUGUCUAACUGUGUGGAUGUCUAACUGUGUGUGUGUGUCUAACUGUGUGUGUGUGUCUAACUGUGUGUGUGUCUAACUGUGUGUGUGUCUAACUGUGUGUGUGUGUGUCUAACUGUGUGUAUGUCUAACUGUGUGUAUGUCUAACUGUGUGUGUGUGUCUAACUGUGUGUAAGGUCUAAACUGUGUGUGUGUCUAACUGUGUGGUGUGUCUAACUGGUGGUGUGUGUGUCUAACUGUGUGUGUGUCUACUGUGUGUGGGUGUCUAACUGUGUGUAAUGUCUAACUGUGUGUAUGUCUACUGUGGUGUGUCUAACUGUGUGUGUCUAACUGUGUGUGUGUCUAACGUGUGUGUGUGGUGUCUAACUGUGUGUGUGUUCUAACUGUUGUGUUUGUGGUCUAAAACUGUGUGUGUGUGUCUAACUGUGUGUGUCUAACUGUGUGUGUGUGUCUAACUGUGUGUGUGGUGUCUAACUGUGGGUGUGGUGUGUCUAACUGUGUGUGUGUGUCUAACUGUGUGUGUGUGUCUAACUGUGUGUGUGUGUCUAACUGUGUGUGUGUGGUCUAACGUGUGUGUGUGUUAACUGGGUGUGUGUCUAACUGUUGUGUGGCUAACUGUUGUGUCUAACUGGUUUGUUGUGUGUCCUAACUUGUGUAUGUCCUAACCUGGUGUGUGUGUCUAACUGUGGGUGUGUCUAACUGUGUGUGUGUCUAACUGUGUGUGUGUCUAACUGUGUGUAUGUCUAACUGUGUGUAUGUCUGUGUAUGUCUAACUGUGUGUGUUUUCCAGGAGAAAGAGAAGAAGUACAUGCUGCCUCUAGAUAAUCUGAAGCUGAGAGACGUGGAGAAAGGUUUCAUGUCCACAAAACACACCUUCGCCAUCUUCAACACCGAGUCCAGGUGUGUGUGUAUCUGUAUGCGUACGUACGCGUUUGUGUGUGUGUGUGUGUAUCUGUAAACAGUGUAUGUAACGUUUAGAAAUACUGAGUGUGUGUACUUUGUCAUGCGUGUGUGUGCACGGUGUGCGUCUGUGUGUGUGUGUGUGUGUGUGUGGUGUGUGUGUUUUUCCAGGAACGUGUAUAAGGACCUACGUCAGAUAGAGCUGGCCUGUGACACACAGGAGGAUGUCGACAGCUGGAAGGCUUCUUUCCUCAGAGCUGGAGUUUACCCUGAGAAAGACCAGGUAAAACACACACAGGAGGAUGUCGACAGCUGGAAGCUUCUUUCCUCAGAGCUGGAGUUUUACCCUGAGAAAGACCAGGUAAACACACACAGGAGGAUGUCGACAGCUGGAAGGCUUCUUUCCUCAGAGCUGGAGUUUACCCUGAGAAAGACCAGGUAAAACACACACAGGAGGAUGUCGACAGCUGGAAGGCUUCUUUCCUCAGAGCUGGAGUUUACCCUGAGAAAGACCAGGUAAAACACACACAGGAGGAUGUCGACAGCUGGAAGGCUUCUUUCCUCAGAGCUGGAGUUUACCCUGAGAAAGACCAGGUAAAACACACACAGGAGGUGUCGACAGCUGGAAGCCUUCUUUCCUCAGAGCGGGAGUUUACCCUGAGAAAGACCGGGUAAAACCCCACACAGAGGAUGUCGACAGCUGGAAGCUUUUUUUCCCCUCCGAGCUGGAGUUUACCCUGAGAAAGACCAGGUAAAACACACACAGGAGGAUGUCGACAGCUGGAAGGCUUCUUUCCUCAGAGCUGGAGUUUACCCUAAAAAGACCAGGUAAAACACACCCCAGGAGGAUUUUCGACAGCUGGAAGGCUUCUUUCCUCAGAGCUGGAUUUUCCCCUGAGAAAGACCAGUAAAACACACCAGGGGGAUGUCGACAGCUGGAAGGCUUCUUUCCUCAGAGCUGGAGUUUUACCCUGAGAAAGACCAGGUAAACACACACAGGAGAUGUCGACAGCGGAAAGGGCUUCUUUCCUCAGGCGGGAGUUUACCCUGAGAAAGACCAGGUAAAACACACACAGGGGGAUGUCGACAGUUUGGAAGGCUUUCUUUCCUCAGAGCUGGAGUUUACCCUGAAAAGACCCAGGUAAAACACACACAGGAGGAUGUCGACAGCUGGAAGGCUUCCUUUCCUCAUCAGAGCUGGAUUUUACCCUGAGAAAAGACCAGGUAAAACACACACAGAGGAUGUCGACAGCUGGAAGGCUUCUUUCCUCAGAGCUGGAGUUUACCCUGAGAAAGACCGGUAAAACACACACAGGAGGAUUCGACAGCUGGAAGGCUUCUUUCCUCAGAGCUGGAGUUACCCUGAGAAAGACCAGGUAAAACACCACAGGAGGAUGUCGACAGCUGGAAGGCUUCUUUCCUCAGAGCUGGAGUUUACCCUGAGAAAGACCAGGUAAAACACACACAGGAGGAUGUCGACAGCUGGAAGGCUUCUUUCCUCAGAGCUGGAGUUUACCCUGAGAAAGACCAGGUAAAACACACACAGGAGGAUGUCGACAGCUGGAAGCUUCUUUCCUCAAGCUGGAGUUUAACCCCCUGAUGAAAGACCAGGUAAAACAACACACAGGAGGAUGUCGACAGCUGGAAGGCUUCUUUCCUCAGAGCUGGAGUUUUUACCCUGAGAAAGACCAGGUAAACACACACAGGAGGAUGGUCGACAGCUGGAAGGCUUCUUUCCUCAGAGCUGGAGUUUACCCUGAGAAAGACCAGGUAAAACACACACAGGAGGAUGUCGACAGCUGGAAGGCUUCUUUCCUCAGAGCUGGAGUUUACCCUGAGAAAGACCAGGUAAAACACACACAGGAGGAUGUCGACAGCUGGAAGGCUUCUUUCCUCAGAGCUGGAGUUUACCCUGAGAAAGACCAGGUAAAACACACACAGGAGGAUGUCGACAGCUGGAAGGCUUCUUUCCUUCCUCAGAGCUGGAGUUUACCCUGAGAAAGACCAGGUAAAAACACACACAGGAGGAUGUCGACAGCUGGAAGGCUUCUUUCCUCAGAGCUGGAGUUUACCCUGAGAAAGACCAGGUAAAACACACACAGGAGGAUGUAGCCACCAUAGACAUUACAACCAGAAUUUGAAGCGCUCCCAUUUGCUGGAUGGGGCUGAAUGCCACCCCAAAAAAAUCGCUAAGGAUCAUGGUGAAAGUGGCCGUAACUAGCGGUCGAUGUAGUCGUUUUCAUGCUGCCUGAGAGAGGCCUCGAGGCCUGCCGUCUGUUUCAGCACGUGGUCCUGUGUGAUGACAAAUGUAGUAGUCCAGAAUGGAUCACUAUUUAAUGAAAUAUCUUGAUAUCUUGAUUUUUAGCGAACUUUUAAACAAUUCACUGUGGGGUUCGAACUUGAUCAUAAUAAACACAUUUUAGAGGCCAAAACUGGUGUCUAAAAAAUUAUUGGUUUGGCCAUUCUGGCGAUCGUAAUUUACAUAGGCUUUCUAGGGCAGACUAGGACCUUUGUCACUGCUAGGUUGCUACACAGUACCCAACCAGCAGAGAUCGUGACUUCACACUCCAGACCGGACGCUGGGGGAGUAACACACACACACACACAAAUGGAUACAUAAACACGCAAGCAUGUGCACACACACUCCCCCUCUCUCCCUUCCGCCAUGUUGACAGUGAAAGCACAGGACCAGAAGAAUCCUUCUCAAUGUGUCUCAUAUUCAUCUCUCUCUCUCUCUCCUCUCUCUUCUCUCCUCUCUCUUCUCUCCGGUGCUCUCUCCUCUCUCUCUCCUCUCUCUCUCUUCUCUCUGUUCUCUCCUCUCUCUCUCUCUCUCUCUCUCGCCUCCAUGGUGGCAAUACUCUCUACUCCCCUCCGCCCCUCUCUCUCUCCCCCCCCUCUCUCUCUUCUCCCCCCUCCUCUCUCUCUCUCUCUCCUCCCCUCCUCUCUCUCUCGCCCCCCCUCUCUCUCUCUCUUCCUCUCGCUCCUCUGCCUCUCCCUCCCUCCCACUCCCUAUCUCCCAGAUUGACAGUGAGGACACAGGACCAGCAGAAUCCUUCUCUAUGGACCCACAGCUGGAGAGACAGGUUGAGACCAUAAGGAAUCUAGUGGAUUCCUACAUCGGCAUCGUCAACAAGUCUAUCAGGGAUCUAAUGCCAAAGACCAUCAUGCACCUCAUGAUCAACAGCGUGAGUGGACACCUCACGCACGCACACACACACACACACACCACACACACCACACACACACACAUACGCCUCCUGAAGCACACCAGAGCACACAUGCAUACACACACACACACACCAAUCAAUCAAAUGUAUUUAUUAAGCCCUUUUUACAGAAACCCAGCCUAAACCCCCCAAAGAGCAAGCAAUGCAGAUGUAGAAGCACGGUGGCUAGUAAAAACUCCCUAGAAAGGCAGGAACCUAGGAAGAAACCUAGAGAGGAACCAGGCUCUGAGGGGUGGCCAGUCCUCUUCUGGCUGUGCCAGAUGGAGAUUAUAAGAGUUCAUGGCCAUUAAGGCCAGAUUGUUCUUCAAGAUGUUCAAACGUUCAGAGAUGACCAGCAGGGUCAAAUAAUAAUCACAGUGGUUAUAGAGGGUGCAACAGGUCAGAGAGAGAGAGAGAGAGAGAGACGAAACGAAACAGCAGGUCCGGGCCAAGGUAGCACGUCUGGUGAACAGGUCAGGGUUCCAAAGCUGCAGGCAGAACAUCAGAAACAUGGUCUCAGGUCCUCCGGGAGAGAGAGAGAGCGAAAGAGAGAUAGGCGAAUUAGAGGGAGCAUACUUAAGUUCACACAGGACACCAGAAAAGACAGGAGAAUUACACCAGGUAGGACAGACUUACCUUAGCCCCCCGGCACAUAGACUAUGGCAGCAUAGAUACUGGAGACUGAUACAAGGGGGGUGGUCAAGGGGCACUGUGGCCCCGUCCGACGAUACCCCCGGACAGGGCCAACCAGGCAGGAUAUAACCCCACCCACUUUGCCAAAGCACAGCCCCCACACCACCAGAGGGAUAUCAACAGACCACCAACUUACUACCCCGAGACAAGGUGGAGUAUAGCCCACGAAGAUCUCCCCCACCGCACGAGCCCGAGGGGGCGACAAACCGGACAGGAAGAUCAAGUCAGUGACUCAACCCACACAAGUUGAGUGUAGCGAAAAAAGCCUUGCACAACGUGAUGCACCCCUUGUAGGGACGGCAUGGGAGAGCACUAGCAAGCCAGUGACUCAGCCCCCGGCAGAGAAUCCCAGUAGAGAGGGGAGCCGGCAAGGCAGAGACAGGGUGGUUCGUCACUCCAGUGCCUUGCCGUUCACCUUCGCAACCCUGGGCCAGACUACACUCAAUCAUGGGACCUACUGAAGAGAUGAGUCUUCAGUAAAGAUUUAAAGGUCGAGACCGAGUCUACGUCUCUCACAUGGAUCGGCAGACCAUUCCAUAAAAAAUGAUCUCUAUAGGAGAACAAUUACUCCAUGCCGACACAUCUUUCUAGCUAAGUUACACGCUAAAGCUAUGUUGCACUUGGUGACCUCUGACUGUUUCAUCCUAACAUUGAUGGUGCCGACGUGGAUAACAAUAUCCCUAUACCAUCUACACUCGCCAGUUUUAGCCUCAGCCAGCACCAUCUUCAGAUUAGCCUUUCCGCGGUAGCCCUGCUCCCUGGUAAACAGUGUAUGAUCGCUGGAUGACUAGGGUUUUCAAUUAGUCCGAGUUAAUGGUAGGAGGCUUCGGUGGGUCAAACCCCGUAACGGGUGGAGGAGAGACCUGGGAAGGCUCUGACUCCCGACUCGUUGCUUAGUGGGGAAAACAGGUUGAACGUUUCUAUCGGCUGAAUGAGCGACACCGGUUGAGCAUGCCGACAGCAUUUCUUUCCAGAAGCCGUGAGAAAAUGAUCUGGCUGCGGGGACUGUGCAUGGGGAUCAACACUACUACCUGUACUUACUGGUGGCACAGAUGCUGUUUCAUCCUUUCAUACAUUUACAUUGCUUAUGACUGCAUCUGAAGCGAUAGUUCUCCUCUAAAUGAUGAGUACAGCGACUGCAAUGAGAUGGCAUAGUGUUAAUGUUACUUAGCUUUUCCGGCUGGUGGAGUUUCUGUAGAACCAUGUCCAGAUAAAGGGACGGGGUGAUAAAGGUGAAUGAAAAAAGUAGAGUGAGGACGUUUGUAAACUUAAAUACAGAGUUUGAUUAAACGGUUAUUAAAAGUAAAAAGCGAAAACAGUUUGGCAGGUAGCCAAGUAGCAACAAACAGCACGGAGACAACGUGGAAUUGUGAACACACACACACACACACCAGACUAUGUGAACACACACACCAGACCAUGUGAACACACACACACAUACACACCAGACUAUGUGAACACGCAUAUACACACCAGACUAUGUGAACACACACACACAUACACACCAGACUAUGUGAACACACAUAUACACACCAGACUAUGUGAACACACACACCAGACCAUGUGAACACACAUAUACACACCAGACUAUGUGAACACACACAUACACACCAGACUAUGUGAACACACAUAUACACACCAGACUAUGUGAACACACAUAUACACACCAGACUAUGUGAACACACAUAUACACACCAGACUAUGUGAACACACACACACACACCAGACUUGAUGUACUAACUCUCUUCUCUCCUCCUCUCUCCCUCCCCCUCUCCCCCUGUCCUUCUCUAGGCUAAAGACUUCAUCCAUUCUGAGUUGUUAGCCUACCUGUAUUCCUGUGGGGACCAGGGCAGUAUGAUGGAGGAGUCAGCUGACCAGGCUCAGAGGAGAGAUGAGAUGUUGAGGAUGUAUCAUGCUCUGAAAGAAGCCCUGGUGAUCAUAGGGGAUAUCAGUACUACCACAGUGUCGGCUCCUGUACCUCCACCUGUAGACGACACCUGGAGGACCAAGGAACCCAGGUAACAGAGAGACAUACACACAAGGCUCUCACUAUGUCAAUGUACAUUUGGACGUGAAACUGGGAAUAUACAUAUAUUUAUUUCCCUUUUCUUCCACUAUCUCUCUCUAUCUAUUUCCCUCUAUCCCCCCAUCUCUCCCUCUAUCCCCCUAUCUCUUCCUCUAUCCCCCAUCUCUUCCUCUAUCCCCCUAUCUCUCCAUCUCCACCUAUCUCUCCAUCUCCCCCCUCUCUCCCCCUCUAUUCCCCUCUCUCUAUCUCUCUCCCUCUCCCUCUCUCCACCCCCCCCCCCCCCCCCCCCCCAGCCCCCCUCCUCAGGCCAGACCAGCUCCGGCCGCUGCCCCCCCUCCUAGUCGCCCCCCGGCAGUAAGAGGCCCCACCCCCGCCCCACCUCCCUCCAGUACCCAAAACCCAGCUUUCGGGGCGCCCCUCAUCCCCUCUCGACCCGGACCCCCACCAGUCAACACCUACAGUGGAGCGGACCCUGUUGCCAAUGUCCCCCUGAUCCCGUCUCGCCCAGCCAGGGUACCCCCAGUACUGCCCCCCGGCAUACCC